AUGGUCAAGAAAGUUGCAGUGAUCGGAGCUGGCGUGAGUGGCCUGUCUUCAAUCAAAUGUUGCUUGGACGAAGACCUGGAACCCACCUGCUUUGAAAGAAGUGAUGACUUCGGGGGACUAUGGAAGUUUGCUGAAACUUCCAAGGAUGGAAUGACCAGAGUUUACAGGUCACUAGUGACAAAUGUCUGCAAGGAAAUGUCAUCUUACAGUGACUUCCCAUACCAAGAAGAUUACCCCAAUUUCAUGGACCACAAGAAAUUCUGGGAGUAUCUCAGGGAAUUUGCCGAGCACUUUGACCUCCUGAAAUAUAUCCAGUUUAAGACCACUGUGCGCAGUGUAACACAACGCCCAGACUUCUCUGAAACCGGCCAGUGGGAUGUUGUCACAGAGACAGAUGGCAAACAACACAGCGCUGUAUUUGAUGCUGUAAUGGUUUGUACUGGGCAUUUCAUGAGCCGUUUACCUCUGGAGUCCUUCCCUGGGAUCCAUAAGUUUAAAGGACAGAUCCUACACAGCCAAGAGUACAAGAUUCCGGAUGCCUUUCAGGACAAGCGCAUCGUGGUGGUUGGUCUUGGGAACUCUGGAGCAGACAUCGCAGUGGAGCUCAGUAGAAUAGCAGCCCAGGUGUUUCUCAGCACUAGAAGUGGUGCCUGGGUUCUAAGCCGCUCUUCAGGUGGUGGCUACCCUUUCAAUAUGAUGCUCACAAGAAGAUGUAAUAAUUUUAUUGCACGCGUUCUGCCUUCAUGUUUUAUAAACUGGCGUACACAGAAGCAACUUAACCAUGAGAAUUAUGGAUUAAGCGUUGCAAAAGGGAAAGAAUCAAAAUUUAUCGUGAAUGAUGAGCUACCAAGCUGCAUCCUCUGUGGGAAAGUCACUAUGAAAACUGGCAUCAAGGAUUUUUCAGAAUCCUCUGUCAUCUUUGAAGAUGGGACAACAGAAGUCAACAUUGAUGCAGUGAUCUUCUGUACAGGAUACGAAUUUUCUUUUCCCUUUUUCGAAGAACCUCUCAAAAGCCUUUGUACAAAGAUCAAUCUAUACAAGUGAGUCUUUCCCCCAAAUUUGGAGAGAACAACAUUAGCCAUUAUUGGCUUGAUCACCCUUACGGGGUCUGUCUUAGCUGGCACAGAGCUCCAGGCAUGAUGGGCUACAAGAGUAUUCAAAGGGCUCUGUAACAUCCCUCCAUCCCAGAAACUGAUGGCAGAAGCCACGAAAAAGGAGCAGCUCAUUAAAAGGGGUGUGAUUAAAGAUACUAGUGAAGACAAAAUCAACUUCAUUUCCUACCUGGAUGAGAUCGCUCAGUGCAUAGGCUCAAAACCCAACAUCCCACUUCUGUUCCUCACGGAUCCAAGACUAGCCUGGGAAGUUUAUUUUGGACCAUGUUCCCCUUACCAAUACCGCCUAAUGGGCCCUGGGAAAUGGGAUGGAGCCAGAAAUGCCAUCAUGACCCAGUGGGACAGGAUCAUAAAACCACUGAAAACUCGGACUCUUCCUAAGUCCCCUGAGACUGCCACUCUGUCACGUUCCUUAAAAGUUUGGGGGGCAUCUCUCCUACUUGCCUCUCUUAUACUUUUCUAUAAAUCUUCACUUUUUCUUAAAUUAGUGCAAGACAAACUGCAAGGAAGAGUUUUCCCUAGCCGUGUACUAUGGUACAUCCCCCAGAAUCCAUGAGUUGCUGCCCACUGUGACAUUGGAGGAAGUAUCUGGGGCACCCUCAUAAACAGACUGGUUCUGCUCUCAAAUACUGGGUCAGUUUUCAUAGGUUGUGUCAUCAUAGAGCAAGACUGCCUCUUGUUUUAUCACAUUUCUGUGCAUUAAUUUGCCCUUCAACCUUCUACCAUGUAAGGACACAGUACAAAUCUCUCACCAGAAGCUGCUACUAUGACCUUGAAACCUGGGACCUCACAAAUCAUGAGAAAAUAAAAUUCGUUUAUU